CUAAAUUUGUCGAAAUUUAUGAAAACUUCAGUUCUGGAUGCGGUUCAUUCAAACGCUGUAGGAUACGUAGAGUUGUCGACAAAUUUCCCCCAAAUACACGACGUAAGGGGGAAAAAGCGACAUUUCCCCUAAAUAACCGACGUAAAGGCGAAAAAGCGACAUUUCCCCUUUAUUUACGCUUUCGUCCGCUUUAUUUCCCCUUUUUGUGUUGCUUGCUGUGUAGUUUAUAAACUACACAGAGAAUUAAUGGACCCUUAUGAAAUAACCAGUGUUUUCAGAACAUACACGUGAAAUAAGAGACCAUUCCCGACUACCUAUGACAGUCCAUUAUAUUCUCCAAAAACCGUCAUAUGACCCUAAUUGAUAUUUGGCUUACUGAAGUUUACACAUAAGUUAUUGUUAAAUUAAUUUAUGGUUAUGUUCUGUUUAGUUUCGUUUCAGAUCCCGAAGUGAGGGAGGAAAAUUAACUUGUAUCCUGUUGUGAUUUUGUGUUCCAGAACGCUUCAGUUUGGCAUUACUGUUAAAUUACUACUGCACUCCUGCCAAACUAUUACCACACUCCGGUAAGGUUGUUGCGUUCUUGGCAAAAAGGAAAAUUUUCCUGAAGGUGAUUGAGGACACCGCUUAAAGGAGGAAAGAGCAGUGUAACAUUAGCAACGGAUCUCCAAUUGUAAUUUCAACCAAUUGGUCGGAUCAAACACAAUACUGUUUUUUCAACACUUACUGUGUCUUUAAAGAGCUUUGACUGUUCCGUACAAACUUGGGUUUAUGAGGUCUGUUUUCUGUUUUUGAGCUUUCCGAUCAUGGCUAAUUCAAUGAAUAAUUAAUCAUCCUAAGAGGUUACGUUAUUUUGAAUUGGAAAUAUUGACGCGCAUUUAACUUUUGCUGUGUUUGCAAUCAAUGGUUGAAAUCAGAGAUUUACCUCAGGAUUUAUUUUAUCAAAUUUGCUCUUAUUUGCGGAUUAACGAUCUUAUUGCACUAUGUUCUGUGUGUGCACAAUUUUGUCACUGGUUACAUCGGCAGUCGUAUUGGAAAUGGCGCUCGCAAAGUCUUUGGAAUGGAACUUACCCUUGUUUACCAGAGAAGAUCAUAGACUGGGCAUCGGCAAGUUUUGAACGAGAAAAGUGCUGUAUAAACUUCGGGGAAAAUUCAGUUGAUUGCAUUCGCCUAUCCAAGUUGAACGUGGUCAGCCACGGGAUAGACGCUUUACAUAUUCCCCUGAAACAUCCAGAUUUACUUAUAAUGGGUGAUAGAGGUCGAGUGGUGUCAAUAUUUUCAUUCAAGGCUGGACUGUUUUCUAAUUCAUGGCUUCCUGUAUUCACUGAAUAUCAUAGUCAUUCUGGUUGGAUAUGGACUAUCAAUUCAACAGAUGAUGCUGUCAUUACAGGUUCAUGGGAUGGUGCUUUAAGAGUUUGGAAGUUGACAAAUUCUGGCCUCGCAUUCCAAUCAAUUUAUCAAUUAGGCACUCCUGUACUGUGUUCAAGCUUUUUGGAUUCCAAUACUUUGGCAGUUGGUACACAUGAUCGAAAUGUUUAUCUAUUAGAUAUACGUUCGUUUGAACAAAAUUCAUCGAAUCGUUUGUGUCAUAAAAACGCUGUUCUUUGCAUAGAUGCUAUAUAUGAAAAUGGUUUGCGUUCAGCUGUUUCAAGAAGCUGUACUUCUGUGAAAAACUGUAUUAGUGGUAGUGGUGAUAACUGUGACCAGAUAUGUGUAGAAUAUGAUUAUCAUUCAGAGUUGUCAUCUGUAACAGCAAGUGAAGAAAAUUUUGAAGACUGUAUGAUUGAUCCAUUUGAAAUGGAAACUGUUGUACUGGACAGACGUGAACCCAGUCCUGUAUCAUUUCCCGCAAAUUGUAAUUCAGACGAAAUAAGUUGUGACCAACUGAAUAUACAAACUAAUUCACCACCUGCUGACCUAAACCAUUCGCCAAAACAAUCAUUUUCUAACGUUCACCUAAUCACUGGCAGCAGUGAUCAAUAUAUUGCUGGUUGGGAUAUGAGAAAUUUCUCUCAACCGGUUCACAAACACAAGCUCAGUCGUUACCCAAGAAAGCUGUCUCUCUUGGAUAAGUAUGAAUUAUGGGUUGCUGAACCACCGAAUCGAAUUCACGUGUUCGACAUUCGAAAAAACCAGUUCAACUGUGUAUAUACUAACCAACUUUCUGGAUGGAAUCGUGGUUUCGGUGGCCUCAAGGCUACACUAGGAUGUGUAUUCGCUGCUGGUUUGCAUGGUUCUGUGGAAGCAUAUCAUCCAACCAAUCCAGUGAAGCCAUUGAGUAAACGACCUCUGGCUGAGAAAAUUAAUGCUCUUCCUACAAGUCUGGAAUAUCAUAAUGAUGUUUUGGUGGUUGGUUCUGGGAAUGGCUCAAUUUAUGUUUGGUCUUGUGUAGAGAGAAUUAAUUCACUGACUACUUCAUACUAAGCCACGAAUGUUAACGUUAAUCGAUCAACAUGUUUUCUCUUGAAAACUAAUAUCAUUAUUAUGUUGAAGAAUUUUUAGUGUUUUUAUCUUUCAUAUGCUAAUAUAAAUUUGAGUUUAGUUGUGCAGUAGCAUGAGGCGAUUUAAAGUUUUUAUAUGGUGAGCACUUUGAAUUAGUUUUUUUACAGACAUAAUUUAGGACAACAUAUGUAAGCGAACAAUAUUGUUUUCGAUUUGAUCUUCAUCAGGCUUUACUCCAAUAUACAGUAUUAUUUAUAUGUAUAUACGAAAUUACUAUCGUAUUCCUACCAAUUUUCCUUAUGGGGUUCGAUCUCAUCUCUUACAUAUAUCAGAAGCUAUAGGAAUUCGAGCUAACAAUCCAAGUCUUUGUAUUCAUAAGCAAUUUGCAACAUUUUUGUCUCUCCCUUGGCCUUAAGUGGUUUUAUUUGUAAUUAUUUUCCAUACUCUUUGUUCGCUUAUUUUCUUCACCACCUCCCACCUUUUUUUAUACACGCUUAAUUGUUCAAUUAUCUAAACACUUAUUACAUAAUCUUAUAAUUUUAUAAAUAUUAUUUCAGUGUCUACAUUUUUCUAUCAUUGACCUAUUUCUCAUUAUGAAACUUAUUAUUCUUAUCACAACUAGUACACCUGUUGUCACUAUCACUUUGUACCUCUUACCUAUUAUGUAUAUUUAUGUAAUCUAUUACACUGUUGUCAUUGUCUUACAAACUACCUUGAUUGGUUGAAUAAUUUCGUAUAUGCAUAUAAAUAUUACUGUAUCUUAGAGUAAAGCCUGAUGACGAUCCAAUCGAAAACAAUAUUGUUCGCUUAUAUAUGGCGUCCUAAUUUAUAAUAUGAGAAUUUUUCAAAUAUACAAUUUAUACAUC